CCACACCAAGUUCAUUGCCGUGUGUAAACAUCGAAGAACAGGUGUUUUUGUAAGUGGUUUCUCGUUGAGAAAGGUCAGUAUCGCUUCGCUCUAUAAAUGAUUGUGGUAUGCAUUUCGUCGUUCUAGUCACCCGAAGUCCACAUUACAGACGAGUCGAUAUCGAGAUGCAAGGUAUGCUGCUGCCGCUGAUGUUUUGGAUGAUUUGGAUUCCGGAGUCUGCGGCAGAGGAGCCGACACCGCUAAGCCGUAACCCACGUAUUGUGGGUGGCCAUCCGAGCGGGGUGUGGAACCAGCCGCACGUGGUUAACAUCCGGCGACGUGGGAACUUUGAGUGCGGCGGUUCCCUGGUCACUCCACACUGCGUCUUGACCGCCGCCCACUGCCUUAAAGAUGGCCAACCAUCGGAUUUCGUGGUUCGUGGCGGGGUGACCUAUCUGAGUGAUAUGCGUAACUCUCGCUAUGUGAAGAAAAUACUGCUGCCAUCGGCCUACAGUCGCACCACAUUGGACAACGACGUGGCGCUCCUCCAGCUUCAGCAACCGUUUCAAGCCUCCAUUGCCAAGCCCAUCUCCUUGGCCGUGCGGUCUCCGCGAUCCGGAUCUUUUGUCCGGGUGUCCGGCUGGGGAUUAACCGACUCAAGCUCCUCAUCGCUGCCCAAUCAACUGCACAGUGUCCAUGUGCAAGUGAUGCCGCAACGGGAGUGUCGAGAUUUGUAUCGUGGCUACCGGAACAUCACAGCCAGCAUGUUCUGUGCCUCCGUGCCGGGCUUAAAGGAUGCAUGUGCCGCGGAUUCGGGCGGUCCAGUGGUCAAUUCGCAUGGUUUCCUUGUGGGCGUCGUGUCGUGGGGCAGGGCAAAUCGGUGUGCCGCCAGGGAUAGUCCCGGAGUGUACUCCGAUGUGAGUUACCUGUCCGACUGGAUAGCGGAUAAUAUGCACAGCUACUGCUAG